AUGUCAGAGGUGUCUGCGGCUCAGCUGGUAGCCGGCUCGGUUCCUUCCUGCGGAGAGCCGUACUUCCUCCGCCUGAGGUGUAGGAAGCCGGGAGUCCUUGGGAGCAGCCUCGGGAAGGAUUCCUACUGAACGGAAAGCCCGUAGUCCUCGGUUCGGGGACCAGCAGUGACCCAGCGAGGAGUGGGGACCCCGAGAUGAUGCAACCGGGGAGUGCCCAGCCCCGUCUCUGCCGAAUGUAAUCCUCUUACAGACUAAUAUAUGCUGGUUGGAAUCAGUGGAUAAUAAUGAGUGGUGCAGCUUUGGGCAUUGAGAUAGUUGCUGUCUUCUUUUUGGCAUUAAUCAUACUACAGCGAUAUGGUGACUUCAAAAAGCAGCACAAACUUGUGAUUGUUGCAACACUAUUAGCUUGGUAUCUUUGUUUUCUAAUAGUCUUUAUACUGCCCUUAGAUGUCACUACGACUAUAUACAAUCGGUGUAAGCGUGAUCUAAACGAGUCAUACAUUUAUCCCACCAACAGUGGAUCAGAAGCGCAACAUCAAGACAUUAAUCCCACUCAGAGUAAACCCAAAUGUUUCAAACCAUGGAGUUAUAUCCCUGAUAGAAUUAUGCCCAUUUUUUGGCGUGUUGUAUACUGGACAUCACAGUUUUUAACAUGGAUUCUGUUACCCUUUAUGCAGUCCUAUGCUAGAUCAGGAGGUUUUUCCAUUACUGGGAAGAUUAAAACAGCAUUAAUUGAAAAUGCUAUAUAUUAUGGAACAUACCUUUUGAUUUUUGGGGCGUUUUUGAUAUAUGUAGCUAUAAAUCCCAAAAUCAGCUUGCAAUGGAGUCAGCUUCAGACAAUUGGAAUAGCUGCUGCCAAUACCUGGGGCCUCUUUCUGCUUGUGUUGCUGUUAGGAUAUGGCUUAGUAGAAAUUCCACGCUCUCACUGGAAUGGAGCUAAAAAGGGCUAUCUUCUCAUGAAGACUUACUUUAAGGCUGCUAAACUGAUGACUGAAAAGGCAGAUGCGGAAGAAAACCUGGAGGAUAUCAUGGAGGAGGUCCGCAAAGUAAAUGAAAGCAUCAAAUACAACCAUCCUUUGAGGAAAUGUGUGGAUACAGUAUUAAAAAAGUGUCCUACAGAAUAUCAGGAGAGGAUGGGUCGAAACAUGGAUGAUUAUGAAGACUUUGAAGAAAGAUCCAAUACUUAUCCAACAGAGAAAAGCCUAGUGAAGCUUCAUAAGCAGGUGAAUUAUUCAGUUCAAAGGCAUCGUCGUACACAAGUCCAGUGGCAAAUUCUUUUAGAGCAAGCCUUUUACCUGGAAGAUGUGGCAAAAAAUGAAUCCAGUGCCACUCAUCAAUUUGUUCAUACUUUUCAGUCUCAAGAAGCUGAAAACAAAAUUAUCCAAUAUCUCUAUUCACCAACUCUUGAAUGGUAUUGGGAAUGUCUUCUACGACCGUGGUUUCACAGGAUUCUCGCCAUUAUCCUGGCCAUCUUUUCCAUCAUUGUUGUGUGGUCAGAAUGCACGUUUUUCAGCCCAAAGCCAGUUCUGUCGCUCUUUGCCGUCUUCAUACGACUAGCGGAAAAGAAUUACAACUAUUUUUACAUAGAGAUGGCUUGCUUUUUUACAAUCUUUUUCCUGAGUAUCUGCGUUUAUUCUACGGUCUUCAGGAUCCGUGUAUUCAACUAUUAUUACUUAGCUUCACACCAUCAGACAGAUGCAUAUAGCUUGCUUUUCAGUGGCAUGUUGUUCUGUCGUUUGACUCCUCCUCUGUGUCUGAAUUUUUUGGGCUUGACUCAUAUGGAUGCAGCAAUUUCUCAGAGAACCACAGAUCAGCCAACUGCUUAUACCUCUAUUAUGGGAUCAAUGAAAGUGUUGUCCUUCAUAGCAGAUGGUUUUUAUAUUUAUUAUCCCAUGCUGGUUGUCAUUCUCUGCAUUGCUACUUACUUCAGUUUAGGAACUCGGUGUUUGAAUCUUCUGGGAUUCCAGCAAUUCAUGGGAGACAAUGAGAUGACUUCAGACCUAAUAGAUGAAGGAAAAGAGUUAAUCAGAAGAGAAAAGAGAAAACGGCAAAGGCAGGAAGAUGGUGAUAAUAGGAGAAGGGAGUGGAAAGAACGGUAUGGAAACAAUCGUGAACCUUCAACAAGAAACAGAAAUCUUCAAGCAGACCAAAAAGAAUCUAGUUUCACAGAGAUCAAUACAAACAGAUUGACUUCCAAGUACACCAGGUCAAAUGGAAGGAAUGAAAGGGACAGAGUAGAACUUCUUCAGGAUGCAGAACCUCUGGACUUUAAUGCAGAUUCAGUCAAUGAAGAUCCUCUGGACUCUGAAUCAGGAAGGUACCAACCUGGUGGAAGAUAUUUGUCAAUGUCUCGAAGUAGAAUAUUUGAUGAUGUCUAAAGCCCCAGAACACUUGAAUAUCACUCUGGGAAAAUGCCUCAUAUCUCAUUCUGCAACCGAAUCGGCUUCAGUUCGCCAGGAAAGAAAAUGG